AUAUUUACUUGUUGGACUAAACCCACCUGAGAGGGUAAUGGGACAGGAAACACGUUGGACUGUAAAACACAGCAAACCUCCGCUAAGAGAUGGAUUAAGGAACAUGGCCAAGCACUGUCAUGCCGUGUCUGAAGAGCCACCGUGACUGAAGCCAGAGGUGACAUGUCUGACUGGGUGACCUGCUGUCGGCGAGAAUGAGCAAAUGCUGAAGAUGAAAAUCGCUGCCAGUGAAGAUGGACUGCACAGUCUGGGAAUGUCUGAUGAGGGUCCAUCUGCAUUUAGCUGCAGCAUCCACCUGCCCAGGUGCAGACGAUAUUUGGCCCGACCAGUACAGCCAGUACAAAUCCUGAGUGUGCACAGUAGUGGCAGGAGUUGGGAGGUGUCAUGGUGGCCUGCUGAAAGAGAAGGACCACAUUGCCCAUGAUCACCAGGGUUAAGGAGACCCCAGAGGGAUGAUUGGCAGCCGAAUCCGAGACUUAACACAACUGUGAAUCAAUAACGCGGUGCUGCUCUAAAAGCCAGUAGGCUUUUGGAUUCUUGGUGCAGAAGAGUGAGACAGUCCAGAUCUUCUCAGUGUUGGAGUGAGGCCCUCUCUGUGCUGCAGUGGAGGGCUUCACAGACAUUGCUAUUCUGGCUGGAUGCAUCACGCAGUAGAGCAGUUUGGCGGGCGUGGCACACGGGAUUCCUUCCCUCUGGACGGACUCAACCGGGGACCAUGGGCUCCCGUGGGCGGCCGCGCCUGGCAGCCACCUGCCAGAUGUUUACCUGGAAUGAACCAACACCAGCUCCUUCCCCAUCUACCUCCUGGUCCUAUGGGCGGACUGAACCACCCCAGUAAAUUCUUUAGUAAUGGGCCCAUUAGAGGAGGCGAGAAGGUUGAUCUCCAACAGCCAAUGUUACCGGGCCUGCAGAGGGAGCAGCAGAGACCUCCUCAUCUUCAUCCUCCCCCUCCUCACCGAGCGUGGGAGCAACUGGGCCAGCUGUAUGAAUCCCACCUCCCUCCUCAAGGGCAUCCUGUUGUGCCCUUGCCCAAUGAGCACUCCCUCCGCCUCCAUAACGGAGGCUAUGCUGGCAGUGGUGGUCCUCACCCAAACUCACAUCUUCCGCACACCAGGCCCAACCAACUGCUGAAGUUUGGGGGUCCUCAGGAGCAGCAUGUUCCCCGGGGUCCACCAUUGCUGGGAGAUGAGAUGUGGGCUCAGGUGCACCAGCAGAGGGGCUACCCAGGGAAGAUGCUUGGGGGUCAACUGAAGAGACCGGGCCCUCCGUUGGGAGAGCACUCUGUUAUCCAGCACACUCCUCUGCCAUCCCUGCACCCAUCAUCCCACCCUCCCUCUGCCGAGGACUGUCCCAGCCCAAGCAAGAGGAAAAAAAGUUCAGAUCAGGUAUCCCACCCUGGGCUGCAGCGUUUCCCUGGUUCUGGCCAGUCUUUGUUGUCUCAGCAGCAGUCGUCAAUCCACCAUCUUCCUCAAAAACCUGCCCUCUGGAACCCCCUGCACAAGGACAACAACACUCCCUGGCAGCCCCACACCUCUGACCGCAAGAACCCACCAUCACAGGAGUUCCAGGUCCGAACAGAAAACAACAAACAAAGAAUGGGCAGCUACACCCAAAAGUCCUCUCCUGCCUCUUCCACCCCUUCAAACCUCUCCCCUCCACCCAACUCCUCUCCAGGGAGCUACAACCAGGGAUGUGCUCCUCAGCUCCAGAAAGACACAUUCCAACCUCAGGCUGUAAACCAUCAGUCCCCUCACUCUUCCUACUCCACUCCAGGCUCCAAACUAGGGUUGGCACCAACCUGCCAGGCCAUGGAGCCUCGUGGUCCUCACAACCAGAGAGGCCCCCUCAUCGGGGGCCAAGGUGGCUGCCAAGCUACCUCUUACACAGCAUCUACCCUAACCAGGGGGGACAGAGAUCAACACGUACACGCCCAAUUGUCACCAGCAAACCCUCCUGCAACCAGCAGUAGCAGUGUGCCUUACAGCCACUUCCAGCCUCAUCCAGGGCUGGGGCACCAGGGUCCCCCUCCUCCUCCUCCUCCUCCACUUGCCAGCAGCACCUCAGUAUCGCAGCAACAGCCAACUGGGCCCCACGAGGCCUGGAGAUACCAGAGCAGGCCCAGCAGUCACUCCCUGGAAUCAGGCAUCUACAGGCCUCCAGGACUGCUACCUCAUCACCAGCAGAGCCACAAUCAGGCCGUGGAUAGACGGGUUCCCUCCCAGCAUCACCAUCACAUCAGUCCUCUGCCCCCAACCAACUCCACUCGGACACCUGUCAUCACCCCCAAUGUUCCCAUAUCGCAGGCCCCCAGCUCCGUCAGUGGCAACAGCCGUAACUCCGGGGGUUUAUCUAUGGCCAGUGACGCCGCGGCAACCACAUCGCCCCCUGCUGGCUGCUCUGUGAACAAUGGCCGCACUAAUAGCAGUUGGCAAAGAGGUCGAGAGCCAGUACUCCAUACCUCCACCAGUGCCGUCAUUAGCUCCACCUCUCAGCUGAAUGCUCUGCUGCAGCCAGGUGGUCAGAGAGGACAAGCUCCCACUGCCAACCAGCCUCACCAACAUGGGCCACCCAGACCACAACAGCAGGGACCCACCAAGUCUCUGCCCGUGAAGGGGAAGACGUCAUAUUAUCCUCAGGCUGAACUGGAGCAACCUCCUGUAUUUUCCUCCUCAUCUUUGUUCUCCUCAGGGCACCAGAGGGCAGGGGACAGUGUUAUAACAAGCAGAGUUUCAAAUCCACUCCCUCGCUCUCCUGCUACUUACUGCCCAGCUCCUCGCUCCACUGUCAACUCUGCCUCUCAGCCAUCUAAUCAGAUCCUCUCCUCCAGACUGGGUCAUCGACCAGACUCUGCCUCCACACAGGUGUACGCUCAGUCCCACAUUCAUCCACCAGCUCCAACCGCUAUGCCCCAAUCCAUUGAGGAGGCUCUAGACAAGCUCGAUGCUGAGCUGGAGGGACACAUGCAAGCUGAAGAAAGGAGGAAGAGGGACAGAGAGCAGCAAGAGAGAAAAGCAAGAGAAGAGGAGAGGCGCAAGAAAGAAUGGGAGAUGAGGCAAAAGCAGGAUGAGGAGAGGAAGAGGAAAGAGCUGGAAAAGAAGGAGGAGGAAAGGAAAAAGAGAGAAGUGGAGAGACAGGAAGAGGAGAGGAGGAGGAGAGAAUGGGAGAGGCAGGAGCAAGAGCGAAGGAGGAGGCAAGAAGAGGAGCGGAAAAGAAGAGAAAUGGAAAGGCAGGAGGAGGAGAGGAAAAAGAGAGAAUACGAGAGACGGGAGGAGGAGAGGAAAAAGCGAGAGUGGGAGAAGAAGGAGCGGGAAAGGAAGAGGAGGGAGCGGCGAGAAGCGGAGCGGCAGGAGCUGGAGAGAAAGAAGAAAGAGCUGGAGAGGCAGGAGGAAGAAAAGAAAAAGCAAAGAGAACUGGAGAGAGAAAAAGAGGAGAAAAGGAGGAUGGAGUGGAAGAGGGAGGAGGAAGUGUGCAGUGCAAAGGGCAAAGAACAGACUGCUAUUGAAAACCUGGAGAGACUACUCUCCAGCAACUCCUCUCAAACACCCCCACCCCCUCGCCUCUCUUCUGUGCCUGCCCCACCUUCAGGUCCUCCACCCCCCAGUUCGCAGGCCUCACCCAUCUACCCCUGGCUGAGCCGCGGCGGCGUACUCCCCUGUCCACCAGGCCAGACACCCACCACCACAACUCUUGUAGAGAGGCUGCGGCCGCCUCCGCUUACACCUCAGACUGAGUACGCUCGAGAAAAGCAGAGGCAGAGGGAGAUGUGGAGCAACAAUGGCGGAACGACAUUCAGUCCCUCAUCAACACACAAUACCUCAGGGAUGAACCAGCCGGCAUUCAGCAACAAGCCCCCGGCAAUGCAAGCCGCACCCAACCAAUCCAAAGACACAUCCAGGGAGAGAGACGGCAUCCAUCACUCUCUCCCCAGCUUGGCACUUAGAGAGCCCCCCAAACUGUAUCAAGCCUUCCCCAGAGAAAACCCUCCACCACCACCGUUAUCCUCCAGCUCAUCAGGGGGCAUUCUCAAGCGGGUGACAGGAAGUGGCUUGGACAAUGCCACCAGCAGCGACUCAGACAGUGCUCAGUUUGAGGAAGAGCCCUCGGAGUUGUCCACACUGCUCCCUGAUGGUCUGGCAAACAUAAUGGCCAUGCUGGACGAGUCUAUCAAAAAGGAAGAGGAGAUGUAUAACAGCGAGAAGACCGGCUCCUCAGGUCUCCUCGACAACUUUUCUCCCGGUGUCCAGCCUAUCAAGAGCUACCUGUGUGCCCCAGACCUUGUGCCAGCUACGAAGCAUCAGCCCAGCCAGGAAGACUUUGGAUCCAACCCCCAUGCUAGUCCUCCUGUUCUCAGCCGUCAAGGCUCUCUGGCAUCCCCCUGCAGCCGAACGUCUUCUCUCAACGAGGAGGAUGAGGAAUAUCUUAAACCAUCUCUAAAUGUCUCCAAACAGUCAAUGGACAUGGGAAUGGGAGUAGGAAACACCAAUUAUCGCCACAGUGACCUGGCUAAACUUUAUGGCCUCCCCGAGCAGACAAAAAGUGAGGCUGAUGAGGACGAUGAUGAAGAGGAUUCUGAAACUCCAUCUUGUUCACCACCACCCCAAAGACCCCACCUUCACCAGACAGAUGUCAACAACAUGUUCAAGUCCCGAGAAACAGUCCUAGAGAGCCAGAGGUACGCAUAUCGAGGUGGGCCCUUUGGGAGACCCCCUCCAUCUGCUCUAGUUGGGGUCAAAUACUCCUCAUCGCUAUCUCUAGGUCCAGAUAUUUGCCGUCAGCAGCAAAGUGGCUCCCCCACGUCAGAUUCAACCAAUCCACCGUUCAGUCCAGCUGUCCCUGCUCUAAAGUCUUCUCCCCCUCCUCUGCUGGAAGAAAAGAAACUAAAAAUGGAGGACGCUGACAUCUGGAGAGACAAUAGAGAAACUACAGAGGAAAUCAAAAACUCUAUCAAAAGGGAGAGUGUUCCCACUAUCAUGCCUAUUAAAGUUGUAAAGGAGGAGCAACAGCUGACAACCAUCUCGGAGUCUUCUCUGGCAGAGUUGGGCAAGAGCUGCGAGGUCAUUCUUAGUCAACAGUCACUUCCUAAGAAGAACCUUGAUAAAUCUGACAGUCAUGGCAGAGUGGAGGAGAGCCACAAACCUGACAAAGUCAAAGAACGCAGAGAUAAAGACAGAAACAGGGAUAGAGAGAGGGAGAAAGACAAGAAAAGGAAGCAUGGUCACAGCCACAGUAGCAGCAGAAAGCACGAAGACAGAAAAGAAAAGAAGAAACAUAGAGAAAAAAGAGAGGAGAUGGCACUUUCAUCAUCAUCGUCAUCUUCCACCCAUUCCAGCUCCAGCCACAAACGGCACAAAGACAGUAAGAGCCAUAAAGAGAAGAAGGAUCGCAGAAUUCUCGGUGACCUCAACCUCCAGAGUAAAGAGGGCUCCGAGAAGAACCGCAGUCACUAUGAAAAGAAACACAAGGAAGCAUCAGGUGCCAGCUCCGCCAGCGAAGGAGAGCAGGCAGAGUGGACCUCGCGGAGUUCCGGAGAAAGAUCCUCUGAGCUCAGGAGAGGCUCCGAAUCAGGUUCUUCAUUGGGUUCCACAGACUUCUUGAAACUGAAGGCGCUGUCAGACGGGCCACCCAAGGAGCUUAAGAUUCGCCUGAUAAAAGUGGAGAGCGGCGACAGGGAGACAUUCAUCGCCUCUGAGGUUGAGGAGAAGAGAAUCCCACUGGAAGAAAUCACCAUCAAGAACACAGCCAGUGAAAUCAUCAGGUCUUGCAAGGGAGCCAGAGUCACAGGGAAGUUCAGAGAAUCUUACUUGCUGCCAGCCUUCUCUGUGAAGCCCGUCAUGACCUCAGAGGAACCCAUUCCUAGAGAGAAACUGAACCCUCCUACGCCCAGUAUCUAUUUGGAGAGUAAGAGAGACGCCUUCUCCCCUGUGCUGCUGCAGUUCUGUACAGACCCGAAGAAUCCUGUUACUGUCAUCAGAGGCCUGGCUGGAUCUCUAAGACUCAAUCUAGGACUGUUUUCUACUAAGUCACUGGUGGAGGCCAACGCAGAGCAGGCGGUGGAGGUGAGGACUCAGGUGCAGCAGCCUGCUGAUGAAAACUGGGACCCCAGUGGGACGGGUCAGACGUGGCCCUGUGAGAGCAGCCGCUCCCACACAACCAUCGCCAAGUACGCCCAGUACCAGGCCUCCAGCUUCCAAGAGAGUCUCCAGGAAGAGAAAGGCAGUGAUGAGGAGGAGGAUGAAGAUGAUGAGAAGGAGAAGAAGCCAUCCAGCUGUUCUGAUACUCCCAUCAAGGACAGCUCUAAAGAAAGUAGCAGUGCUGAGCAGAAACCAGUGGGGAAGAUCAUUAAAUUUGGCACAAACAUUGACUUAUCAGAUCCCAAGAGGUGGAAGCCCCAGCUGCAGGAGUUACAGAAGCUGCCAGCAUUUAUGCGUGUAGCAUCAAGUGGAAACAUGCUGAGCCACGUGGGGCAUACCAUCCUCGGCAUGAACACGGUGCAGCUCUACAUGAAGGUUCCAGGGAGCCGCACACCAGGUCACCAGGAGAAUAAUAACUUCUGCUCAGUGAACAUCAACAUUGGUCCUGGAGACUGUGAGUGGUUUUCUGUCCAUGAGAAUUACUGGCAGGCCAUCAGCGACUUCUGUGAAAAGCACGGUGUGGACUAUCUGACGGGGUCCUGGUGGCCAGUGCUGGAGGACCUCUACAACGCCAAUAUCCCAGUGUACCGCUUCAUCCAGCGCCCUGGAGACUUGGUGUGGAUCAAUGCUGGAACCGUUCACUGGGUUCAGGCUGUGGGUUGGUGCAACAACAUCGCCUGGAAUGUUGGGCCUCUCAAUGCCUACCAGUACCAGCUGGCCCUGGAGAGGUUUGAGUGGAACGAAGUAAAGAAGGUGAAGUCCAUCGUCCCCAUGAUUCAUGUCUCCUGGAACGUGGCCCGCACCCUCAAGAUCACAGAUCCAGACACAUACAAGAUGCUCAAACACUGCCUGCUGCAGUCCAUGAAGCACAUCCAGAUCCUGAGGGACCAACUGGUGGCUGAUGGAAAGAAGAUUUCCUAUCAGAGUCGGGUCAAAGAUGAGCCUGCUUACUACUGCAACGAAUGUGAUGUAAGUGCUAGUAGUCAGUAACAAGUGAUAUUUAUA